AUGCGUUUAUCAGUUGUUCUCAUGGGCCUUUUCGCCUCAAUACAAACAGUCCAGUGCGGCAAGCUCGCUAAUCCCUAUGAGAUGCUGUUCCUCUACUAUGCCUAUCAAAUUGACGAGGCGGCCAAAGCUUCAGCAGUGGCUUCCGGCGUCGAUUGGGACGAAAUCAUAUCACCCGCAUGCCAGGGCAAAGACUGCACAUUCGGGACAUUUGUGAAGUCCACCUUGACCAAGAAGGGCGCCAAAGCUCUCACGCCCACUGCACUUGGCGACAGCCGCUCGCCUGAACUUUACGAAACGGCGCAAGACAUGGUCAAAAACUGGAAAUAUGACUUUCACACCCUGGUUCUCGACAAAGUUAUCUCCGGGGCGAAAAACAACAUGCGCGAGAUGAUUGCAGUAGCCACUCUUCAGGUCCAGGGCGCUCGAGGCGUGAAGCCAUCCAGUCCUCUGGUAGAGAAAGCAUGGACCGCUCUACGCUACGCCCAGGCAGAGCGGCUGACUGACAUGAUUCAAAAUGUUUAUGCUAAGAAUUUGAAAGGAUUCAAAGCCGUAGCCUUCAAGGCACAAUACCCUGAUAUCAAACUGGAAUCUACGAAACGAGUCCUCGGCCAAGAUACGACUGCCGCCGUAACUCGAGACAUCAUGUUCACAGAUCUUGACUACGUCAAGAUGGCCGGAAAUUAUAAAGGAACAGAUGCUGCAAAGCUUGAGGAGUAUCAAACGACGCUCAAAGAUUAUCUGGCUUGGGCUGAAGGCCCAAUGGACACUGUUUCCGGUUUGAAAUCACACAAUGCCCAUGCAAGAUUGUAUGGCGAAUUUUCAACUUUUUUGUCGACGGGGUGCGGUUUGCAAUUGGAAUAG